UUGAAGUUAUGGUCAUCAAUUCCUUUGCAAUAUUUUCCCCUUUUUGCAGUAUCCGUUGUGUCGUGCCAAGCUCAAACUCUUUUGGAUUCCAUCAUUCCUUUGGAAUCAGAGCCAAAAAUUAACCACCGCACGUGUCGGAAAAUGUCAGGGCCGGAGGAAGACCACCGGAGCUUCCAGCCGAGGGCGGAGAGAGUAGAGUCGCUGAUGGACCUCGAUUUCAAUCUCAAUCUCGAUCUCGACGCGUCUUCCUGGCCGUUGGAUCCGAUGAUCUCCUUCCUCUCCAGCCCCUCAUCGCCCUUCCCCCUCUCCUCCACCUCCGACCUGACCUGCUCUCCUCUGUGGAUUUUGCCCGACGACAUCGACGACAAAUCCGCUGGCAACGGAUGCUCGCGUCCAGCCGCCGUCGGUCUCCCUGCAGCCGCCGACUCCCCUUGGUUGAUCUCUUAUAAUCCCGACACAGUAACUCAAAGCCCCACAGGAAACGAAGAUAAAAGAAGGAUACCCCCACUGCUUUUGGGGAUAACACCGCUGGAGAAUCCAGAUGCAUCAUGUGUGAUUAAAGAGAGGAUGACACAGGCGCUUCGAUGUUUCAAAGAGUCAACUGAACAACAAGUUCUAGCCCAGGUUUGGGCACCCAUAAAGAGUGGGGAUCGGUAUGUUCUCACAACUUCAGGGCAGCCUUUUGUCCUUGAUCCGCACAGUAAUGGGCUUCAUCAGUAUAGGAUGGUCUCGUCAAUGUACAUGUUUUCUGUUGAUGGGGAAAGUGAUGGAGACCUUGGGCUUCCUGGCCGUGUUUUCCAGAAAAAACUACCUGAAUGGACUCCGAAUGUGCAAUAUUACUCCAGAAAAGAGUACCCACGGCUUAAUCAUGCUUUGCAUUACAAUGUUCAGGGAUCUUUGGCUUUGCCAGUCUUUGAACCUUCUGGGCUAUCAUGUAUUGGUGUACUUGAGCUCAUAAUGACUUCACAAAAAAUUAAUUAUGCUCCCGACGUUGAUAAAAUCUGCAAAGCCCUUGAGGCAGUAAAUUUGAAAAGUUCAGAAAUAUUGGAUCAUUCCAACAUACAGAUUUGCAAUGACGGUCACCAAUGUGCACUGGCUGAAAUCUUGGAGAUAUUGACCAUGGUGUGUGAAAGUCACAAAUUACCUCUAGCACAGACUUGGGUUCCAUGUAGGCAUCGCAGUGUCCUAGCAGAUGGCGGUGGCCUGAAGAAAAGCUGCACCAGUUUUGAUGGAAGCUGCAUGGACCAAAUUUGCAUGUCCACCACUGACUUAGCAUUCUAUCUUGUAGAUGCUCACAUGUGGGGUUUCCGGGAGGCCUGUGCUGAGCAUCACUUACAAAAGGGGCAGGGGGUUGCUGGAAAAGCAUUUUCAUCUCAUGGCUUUUGUUUUUGCAGUAAUAUUACGCAAUUCAGCAAAACUGAAUACCCCUUGGUACAUUAUGCACGCAUGUUUCGGUUGACCAGCUGUUUUGCAAUUUGUUUAAGAAGCACCCACACUGGCAAUGAUGAUUACAUUCUAGAGUUCUUUCUUCCCCCUAGCAUCACUAAUGCUAACGAGCAGCGAACCUUGUUGAACACUCUUUUGGCUACCAUGAAGAGGCAUUUCUGUACUCUCAAGAUUGCUUCUGGAGAAGAACUAGAUGAGGCAGGAUCCAUUGAAGAUAUUAGAUCAUCAAUGGAUGAGAAACAUGAUCCAGCACUUGAAUCCAUUAGGAUAUCUCGAACUUCUAAGUCUCCACCUGAGCCUGAGGCCUUUCCAGAUGAGGGUGAGAUGGUACAGGUGCCUUCAUUAGACAGUAAGCUAAUGGUGGAACUUGAUGCUGUGAAAGAUAGAUGGAAUGAUGUCAGUGUGGGUAGUAACUGCAAAGCUCCUCCACUUCCAGAGAACGAAGACACAAGAAAGGCCUUGGACAGAAAACGUGGAAAAGCUGAGAAGUCAAUUAGUUUAGAGGUUCUUCAAAAAUACUUCGCAGGGAGUCUUAAAGAUGCUGCAAAGAGCCUUGGUGUUUGUCCUACAACGAUGAAGCGCAUCUGUCGACGGCAUGGAAUCUCUCGGUGGCCAUCUCGCAAAAUCAACAAGGUUAAUCGUUCCCUCUCUAAGUUAAAGCGGGUAAUUGAAUCUGUUCAAGGUGCUGAAGGAGCUUUCAGCCUUAAUACUCUCUCUAGAAGUCCAAUUCCAGGAGCUGUGGGUUCCAUUUCUAGGUCUGCUGGUUUGAAUGGUUCCACUCAAAUGGAUUCACCAAGCCAAAAUCUCUUGGAGUUUGAGAGGGGUGAUAAUGAACCGUACACUUGUAAGACACCAGGAAGGGAUGGACAAGUGGGAAAGGUCAUUCCUGGGCAAGGUGGGUUUCCACCAGAGUUUGGUGAUGGCUCAAACAGGUCCAAAACAAGGAGUGGCUCUACAGAAGAAAGCACUGGAUUGCCAAUGUCUCAUGGUUCAUGCCAUGGUAGUCUUGCAAAUGAAACUGCUCCAGCAAAUGAUUUAUUUGUGUCUUCUGCCCCUGAACAAUGCAUCGAAGUUGCAGGCUCCUUGGAAUUGGCAUUUCAACAACCAGAACUAAAUGUCUCGGCUGUUCGCUCAAUUCCUGAUGCUGUGAUCACCACAGAACUUCAAGAACCAUUAAGAGGAAUGCUGAUUGAAGAUGCAGGAAGCUCACAAGAUCUGAGAAAUCUAUGUGCAUCAACAGAUGCCCCUUUGGACGAACAGGUUCUGGAAUCAAUUUGGACAAAUCCACUGUGCUCUAAUAUUGCUUCCAAGCAAUUGGAUGGUUCCACUCCUACAGCACCUCAUACCGCUGGGCAAGAAGUGAAGAUGGUGACUAUAAAAGCAAUUUACGGGGAGGAUAUUAUAAGGUUUAGAAUCUCCUCAACUUCUGGUAUUCUUGAGUUGAAGGAGGAAGUGGCAAAACGUCUGAAGUUGGAGGUGGGUACUUUUGAUAUCAGGUAUCUGGAUGAUGAUCACGAGUGGGUUUUAAUAGCUUGCGAUUCAGACUUGCAGGAGUGUAUGGAUACUUCACAAUCAUCAGGCAAGAGUAUAAUCAGACUACGGGUUCAUGAUGUAAUGGCCAAUCUUGGAAGCUCCUAUGAGAGCUCUGGGGAAUUACAGUAAUCAAAUUGCGAAGUUCGUAACACCAAUCUUGUAGUGUUAGGGGUCUUAGAAUACCUUUGCAAGUGCAGGUACUAGAUUUCGGUUCCAAAUUCCAGCUGGAAGAAAUUUUCCGUUGUACCAUCCAGGUUGCCCUUUUCUUUAGUGGAAAAAUGAUGAAAUUGCUUGUCAGUGAACUCCUUUCUCAAGCUUUUUGAGCCUUUAUACUUUCCUGUCAUGUAAUUUCUGAAAUCCAAUGUAAUUUCUGAAAUCCAAAUAAAGACAUUUGAAGAAGGGGUAAUGAAGUUGAAACAAGGGGUAUGCUUCUAUUGCUGGAAUUUUGUGGGAGUUUAUGAUUUAUCUAAGAGAACCAUCCUGCUGAUGGUUUAAUCCUUAUGUAUAAAGCUUUGUUAAAUUCAACACUAUGUUUGAUGGA